AUGUCCAUCUAUAAGAACACCUACAAGCCACCAACGCCUCCAGAUUUGGAGGAUGUCAUGUCCAUCCCUCCAGAAGAAUAUGACUUCAACUUUGUCUUUGACGUCAAGCCGCUCCGGACGGAUCGUGUCGAGCUUCGACCCUUCGUGCCCUCACUGCAUGCCAAGCUGCUAUAUGAUGGCUUCAUGAAGUACCCCGAGACGCAACAGUGGCUACCGAUGGAGACGCACACUCUGGAGGAUGUGCUGCGCAGCACGGAGACGCGACGAAGGCAGCCAGGCUUCUUGCAAUAUGCCGUCUAUACCGAUAAGCCUGGAAGCGACACCCCACCGACUGAUCCAUCGGAGUAUGAGUUCGCCGGGACAGUCUCGUGUAUCAACGCGUCGGCGGAUGACCUCGUGGCAGAACCAGGAUGGAUAGUGAUCUUCCCUCCAUAUCAGCGCACUCAUGUCCUCACUCAUGCUGCCGGAGCGCUCAUGCACCACAUCCUCGACAUGCCAGACCAAGGUGGGCUCGGUUUACGGCGGUGUCAGUGGUUCACUACAUCCCUCAAUCUUGCAUCUCAGAAGGCGGCACUGAGGCUGGGAUUCACCUUUGAAGGAUUGUUGCGGAACCACCGGACGAUUCCGCACGGUAAAGUCGGCGCGCAGGAAGGACGACUAGGUGAUUCCAAGCCGGGACAGAUGUCUCGAGAUAGCUGGCUAGCGAGUAUAACCUGGAGGGAGUGGGAGGAGGAUGUGCGAGAUAGAUUGGAUAGCCUUAUCGCUAGAAGGUGA